AAAAAAGGAAAAUUAAAUAAUUAACGAGCCAAAGAUUUUAACGAAUAAAUUAUAUAAACGAUAACUAUUGAAAUAGAUUUGUAUAAACAAUAAUAAACUACGUGUCUUUAAGUGACAUCAGCCUUAUACAAAAAAAGUCAACAGCAUCCCACAAUUAUCUUGAUAAAACUACAUCUUCAUGGAAGAAAUUAAAGUAGAAAUGUCGGGAGACAUGAAUGUGCCAAAAACUGAGGCAAAGGCACAAUUUGAUUUCAGUUCCUUUACAAAAUUUCAAAAAAUCCCUUCACCCUUGGAACUAAUACAACUGGCACGCCAAUACAUCAGACCCUGGUCGGAGUUUUUGAAUACAAAUAACUUUAAGACAGCCGCUAGUAUGCCACGUCUGAGUAGCCGUUUUAUUAGAAAUUUGGAUUACUUUAAAAGCAAUUACAGUUUUGUUUUCAUUGUCUUGAUGAUUUAUUGCCUCAUCACUUCCCCGUUAAUCCUUAUUGUCUUAGCCGGUGUGGCCUAUGCCAGUAACAGGAUUAGAAAGGCACAAAUCCCAGUCAGUGUGUUUGGUCAUCAAUUGUCUACGGCUCAUCAAAUUAUGGCUCUCAAUGUGGCCUCUGCACCCAUACUAUUCUUAGUAGGGGCAGGAUCGGCUUUGUUUUGGACUUUGGGCGCUUCCUGUUUUGUUAUUUCCUUACACGCCAUCUUUUAUAAUAUAGAUGCUAUUGUAACAGAAGAGUCGGAAGGAUUCUUAUCGGAAGUUGUUUAAACAAUCUCAACAAAACUAUUAUCCAAACACAGGGGCCUUAUUUUCAAAUACUGAAGCUAAUUAAUUUGUUUUUAGUUUUCUUUCUUUGAGAAGUAUAUCUUACUGAUUUGUUUAUAUAUAUAUAUUUAUGUAUAGAUGUUGUAUUGCUUUAAUUUAAUAUAUUUUAUAGUUAUUUUACUUAUCGCGAGCUUUGAUACUACAAAUAUGUCGUACAAAUCUCCAAGUUUUUAACACUGUAGUAGUGUAAUCUUUACAAAGGUUUAAAUUUAAUAAAAAUUAAGAAAACCUCAACAA